AAAAUGAAAUGACUUUUUCUUCGGUAAAUAUUGGGACGGAAAAUGACUUCUGAAAUCGUGGACUCGUGUCUAUAAAAUCCUAUAAGACUCUUUACGGCCUUCAAUCUUCACCGAUUCGCUUUCCCUUCUCUUCAUAAUUAUCUGCUCGGCCUCUUUCCUUCUCUCUCUUCUCAAUCGAAUCAGGUCUGACCAUUCCAAUCUAGCUACUCAAAAUCUUGUUCUCUGUGUUACAUUUGCUGCAUCAACCAAGUUUCAUGUCUGAUCUUGAUAUCCAGAUUCCCACUACUUUUGAUCCUUUUACGGAUGCAAAUGCUGAUAACUCUAGUGCUGGGUCAAAGGACUACGUACACAUUCGGAUACAGCAGAGGAAUGGUCGGAAAAGCCUGACAACCGUGCAGGGAUUGAAGAAAGAGUUUAGCUACAACAAAAUAUUGAAGGAUCUUAAGAAGGAGUUUUGCUGCAAUGGAACUGUUGUCCAGGAUCCAGAACUAGGCCAGGUUAUUCAACUCCAAGGCGAUCAACGGAAGAACGUGUCUACUUUUCUUGUUCAGGCUGGAAUUGUGAAGAAGGACUAUAUCAAGAUUCAUGGUUUCUAAACUGCAGCAUCCUAUUCAUAUCAACUCUUUUAUUUGUAUAACCUAUGAUAUGUGAAGGUUUAUAACUGAACUUUGUUGUAUGCUCAAGGUCUUCUGAUACCUAUAGUGCUCCUGUAUCUCUUUUGUUUCGUUACAAGUGUCAUGUCUGAUGUUGAAUCUACUUUUCCAAUUGCUAAUGGAUUCAAAUAAGAGAGGCAUUCGCUUUUCAAA